GCAUGCGCGGCGGGGCCGGGCUCAGCUGAGCCGGAGGCUGUGAGCUGCCAGCCGCGCGGCCCCGGGAGGCGGUGGGCCCUGGCCACCGCGGAGGCCCCCGGAGCCGGCCGGAGCCGGCGCUGAGGAGGGGCCAUGAGCUGGUUCAACGCCUCACAGUUGUCCAGCUUCGCCAAGCAGGCCCUGUCUCAGGCCCAGAAGUCCAUCGACAGGGUCCUGGACAUCCAGGAGGAGGAGCCGAGCGCCUGGGCCGAGGCCAUCCCGUACGGCGAGCCGGGAAUAAGUCCCCCUGUGAGUGGAGGAUGGGAUACUUCAACCUGGGGAUUGAACUCAAGCACUGAACCUCAGAGUCCACCAACAGCCGCUCCUAAAGCAAUUACAAAGCCAGUUCGAAGGACUGUAGUAGAUGAAUCUGAAAAUUUCUUCAGUGCCUUUCUCUCCCCAUCGGAUGUCCAGACCAUUCCGAAGAGUCCAGUGGUAUCAAAACCUCCGGCUAAAUCACAGCGUCCAGAAGAAGAAGUGAAGAGCAGUUUACAUGAAUCAUCAUCCCCUGGCCAGUCCAGAACUUCUGAAACAGCUGAGUCAGAAGUGAGAGACUCUGUGUGUGUCUCAGGAGAAACUCCGGCUGUGGGCACUCCAUCCCCUGUGCCUGAAGGCAAGCAUGCAGAAACUGCUAGUCAGGAGUCUGAGGUGAAGGUGCCCACUGUGCGAUUGAAGGCGUCUGAAAAUGUGGUGAAUGUAAACACAACAACAGAAGAUGUAUCUACCACAUCCCCCCAGUCUCUCCCAGCAGACACUAAGGAUACGGCUUUGGAACCUAAGGAACAAAAACACGAAGACAGACAGAGCAAUACCCCUUCUCCUCCUGUUAGCUCCUUCUCGUCGGGCACUUCGACCACUAGUGACAUUGAAGUUUUAGAUCACGAGAGUGUAAUAAGUGAGAGCUCGGCCAGUUCAAGGCAGGAGACUUCAGAUGCGAAAUCAAGUCUGCACCUCAUGCAGACAUCCUUUCAGCUGCUCUCUGCAUCCGCUUGUCCUGAGUAUGGCCGCUUAGAUGAGUUCCAAAAGCUCAACGAGAGUUGCUGCUCGUCGGAUGCUUUUGAAAGAAUAGACUCGUUUAGUGUGCAGUCUCUAGAUAGCCGGAGUGUGAGCGAAAUCAACUCAGAUGACGAGCUGCCAGGCAAGGGCUAUGCUUUAGUGCCUAUUGUAGUGAAUCCUUCGACCCCAAAGUCUGCAGUAGUAGAAUCCCCUGGAGAAAAAGCUGAAGAAGAGGAGGGAAACGAAACGUUGAUUGCACCUUCUGAAGAAGCAGAGUUAGAGGAAAGUGGCCGAAGUGCUACUCCUGUUAACUGUGAACAGCCAGAUUCGUUGGCUUCCCCUACGCCAGUAAACGAAGGGCAGCUUGUCUCCUGCCCGGCCGCUGAGCAGUGUGAAGCUGCUGACAGUCAGCCGGAAGCACUGCCCGAGAAAGAAGACAUUUGCAAGACAGUUGAAUUUCUGAAUGAGAAACUAGAGAAGAGGGAGGCUCAGUUAUUAUCUCUUAGUAAGGAAAAAGCACUUCUAGAAGAAGCUUAUGAUAACUUGAAGGAUGAAAUGUUUAGAGUAAAAGAAGAAAGUAGUAGCAUUUCUUCCCUGAAAGAUGAAUUUACCCAAAGAAUUGCAGAAGCAGAAAAGAAAGUUCAACUAGCCUGCAAAGAGAGAGAUGCUGCUAAGAAGGAAGUGAAAACCAUAAAAGAAGAACUUGCCACUAGAUUAAACAGUAGUCAGACUGCAGACCUCUUGAAGGAGAAAGAUGAACAGAUUCAAGGGUUAAUGGAAGAAGGAGAAAAACUUUCAAAACAGCAGCUACAUAAUUCUAACAUCAUUAAGAAAUUAAGAACUAAAGACAAAGACAGUGAAAAUGUUAUUGCAAAGCUGAACAGGAAAACUAAGGAGCUGGAAGAGGAGUUACAACAUUUAAGACAGGUCCUUGAUGGCAAAGAAGAAGUUGAGAAACAACAUAGAGAAAAUAUUAAAAAAUUAAAUUCUGUGGUAGAACGCCAGGAGAAAGAUCUUGGCCGACUUCAAGUAGACAUGGAUGAACUUGAAGAAAAGAACCGAAGUGCUCAGGCUGCCCUAGAUAGUGCGUACAGAGAACUUACUGAUCUUCACAAAGCCAAUGCUGCUAAGGACAGUGAGGUGCAGGAAGCUGCUUUGAGGCGUGAGAUGAAGGCUAAGGAAGAACUUUCUGCAACACUGGAGAAGGCCCAGGAAGAAGCCCGUCAGCAGCAAGAGGCCUUAGCGCUACAGGUGGGGGACCUUAGGCUCACAUUGCAACGGGCAGAGCAGGCAGCUGCCAGGAGAGAGGAUUAUUUACGCCACGAGAUCAGUGAACUUCAGCAGAGACUCCAAGAAGCAGAGAAUCGAAAUCAAGAACUGAGUCAAAGCGUUUCAACAACAACAAGACCAUUGCUUCGACAGAUAGAAAAUUUGCAAGCAACUCUAGGGUCUCAGACUUCCUCGUGGGAAAUGCUAGAGAAGAAUCUUUCUGAUAGGCUUGGUGAAUCUCAGACUUUGCUAGCUGCAGCAGUUGAAAGAGAACGAGCAGCUACAGAAGAACUCCUUGCCAACAAAAUCCAGAUGUCUUCAGUGGAGUCACAGAAUGCUCUCUUACGGCAGGAAAACAGUAGACUUCAGGCCCAGCUAGAGUCAGAGAAGAAUAAACUACGAAAACUGGAAGACGAAAAUAGUCGGUACCAGGUUGAGUUAGAAAACUUAAAAGAUGAAUAUGUAAGAACACUUGAAGAGACAAGGAAAGAAAAGACACUGUUGUGCAGUCAGUUAGAAAUGGAAAAAAUGAAAGUCGAACAAGAAAGGAAGAAAGCCAUUUUCACUCAAGAAGCAGCUAAAGAAAAGGACCACAAACUCUUUUCUGUUUCUAGUACUCCCACCAUGUCACGCUCGAGCUCUAUAAGUGGAGUAGAUAUGGCAGGGCUCCAGACAUCUUUCCUGUCUCAGGAUGAGUCUCAUGACCAUUCAUUUGGACCAAUGUCUGCAUCAGCCAGUGGAAGCAAUCUUUAUGAAGCUGUAAGGCUGGGAGCAGGAUCGAGCAUUAUUGAAAAUCUGCAGUCUCAACUAAAGCUGAGGGAAGGGGAAAUUAGUCAUUUACAGCUAGAAAUUAGCAAUCUAGAAAAAACUCGAUCCAUAAUGUCUGAAGAGCUAGUUAAAUUAACAAAUCAAAAUGAUGAACUGGAGGAGAAAGUGAAAGAGAUCCCCAAGCUUCGAGUUCAGCUACGAGAUUUGGAUCAAAGAUAUAACACUAUUCUGCAGAUGUAUGGAGAAAAGGCAGAAGAAGCAGAGGAACUUCGCCUGGAUCUUGAAGAUGUAAAAAAUAUGUAUAAAACUCAAAUAGAUGAACUUCUAAGACAAAGGCUCAGUUAACUUGUGAAAUUCGUAUUCCCAUCAAACUGAAUGUAAACACUUAAUAUAUAAAUGCAGACUUCCAAUAAAUUCUUUUAUAGAGUUAGAAAAUGGGAUUUGCUGUAAAGUGUAAAAAAACUUUUUUAAAAAUUCUUUUAUAGUAUGUAGUUAUAUUUGCAGUUAAAUUAUUUUGUGUAAUAUUUGAAUUUUAUUUUUGAAACUAUUCUUUAAAAAAUUUUAAAGCAUUUUUUUUGUGCCUUGAACAGCACAGGGAAUUAUUACUUUAUCCACAUAGCAGUACAGUUAGGAAAGGAGAUUGCUGUUUUCAUAUUAUUGUGGAUAUAUAAUUAAUUGUAUUGUAUCUAUAAUUUAUAUGUGUUUGUACAUAUUGAGAGACUUACAGAGUAAUGUUAACAUUGAAACUUUGAAAUCUUUCACACUGAAAACAUAUUUCUUGAAAGUAUUUUAAGAUUUUAAUUGAAAAGGUAAUUAAGCCUGUGACUAAAUUAUAAACUAAGACUGUCCUUUAAAAGCAGAGGUCACACUGACAUGUCUAAAAUAUAAAGAGAAAUGUAAGCUUAAAAAAUAUGUCUGUUUUGAAAAUUUAUUCCAUGUGGCUUCCACAAUGAAGUGUGAACAAAUGUAGACCCUUUUUAUUACUUUUUUAUUACUUAUCCAAAGAAAGCUUAUAAAUAUUCAAUAUUAGCUACACAUAAUUGGAUAGUGGGAAAUUUUGCUUGCAAUAAAUUUUGACAUAGCAUCAGUAGCAGGUAAUUUUGAAGUAUUUUACUACACUGUGAAACAAAUCUAACAUAAUAAAAUCACUGACAAAAUUUACUCUUAAAAAUUAGUCAAUUUACUUUUUAAAAACUACUUGUUUAAUUUUAUACAGUUGUAUUUUGGGACAUUAAAAAUGAAUGUUUUAAAACACUCUCCAUAGCAAAAGAAAAGUUAUAGGAGUACAUUUAAAUUGGAAAUUUUAUAAUUUUGCAUAGUUUGACUUUUUUUUUAUUCAAGUUUCAAGAAGCAAAAAAAAUAACAAAAAAUGUAGAAUAGCUUCAGAACAUAGUUAUGCACUCUUCCAAAAGUUGCUUUGUUUAAAAGUUAAUCAGGUCGUGUUUUAGACCUGUAAAAUAUUUUGAUUUUAUUACUGAAAAUUAUUUAACUGCUUUUAUCAUAGCCCCUCUUUAUCUAUUCUUUUUGUGGUUCUAGCUAAGGUCAAAAAUAAUCCAAAAAUACAUGGAAAUCCCAGAAGGAGUUUCUAAGUGCAAAGUGUAUGCUGUUCAGAGUAGCCUGCUGAAAUCUCACUGGUUGACUGCAUUUGUCCAGUACAUGCACACCCCCUUGUUAGUCACUGAGCCAUGUCCACCACUGGGUCUACUGUCACAGUGUGGCAGGGCUUGUGUCAGGUAACCCGUCUGUUCUUUAAUGGCCCCACAGUGAAGAAGCUGUGAGAGGGUAGCCAGAGUUCUUCCCUUUAGCAGAAAGAUGAACAUCACUGUUGGCUAUCUUGCUGGAGGUUGGUAGCUUCCACUGUUUCAGGCAUUCAGUGAGGGUCUGAAAUUAUCCUCCCUACAAUGAGAAGACAGGAUUUCAAAUAAAAACUCUACGUUUUAGUUACAUUUUAAACAGUACUCACAGAAUACUGUGAGUAGCCAUCUUGCAGAAUGGAGAAUUUUGGGGGUGAUUCAAGUGACCUUGGUUUUGGUCCUUGUGUUCCAUGCAGUGUUUCUGUCACUGGGUCUCUCUGAUUUGUAGCAUGAGUAAAUGUCCUUUUGGUGAAAGUCACAGUCGUACAAUUAAGUUUCUAUAUUUUAGUGGUAGGAAACCGCUCCUUAACUUUUUUUUCCAGCUUUAAAAUGUUUAAGCCGGGUGGUGGUGGCACACACCUUUAAUCCCAGCUCUUAGGGGGCAGAGGCAGGUGGAUCUCUGUGAGUUCAAGGCCAGCCUGGUCCCAGAUCGAGUUCCAGGAUAGCUUGGGCUACACAGUGAGACCCUGUCUCAAAAAAAACAAACAACAACAAAAAACAGCAACAACAACAAAAAAAUCAACUUUUAACAUUCAGGGGCAGGACAACAAGUCUGACAGCAAUAAAAAUGUAGAGUCUGAAGAGACAGGAAACCUCAAUUUCACAACUCUUGGCAAGCAUUUGAAACUGGUAGUUUGGGAAAUAUAAAAUACUUCUUAAACAAAUAGUUUAAAAAGUGGUAGAGAAAAAAAUUUUGAAAUUAAAAUUUUCUGUAUUAAACUCUAAAUGUUACAAUAUCAACAUUAAAUAUUUUUCUUGGUCCUUAUUAAUAAAAUCAGCUACACUUAAAAUCUUAAAGUGUUUUCAACUUAUUUAUUUAUAAAAUGACACACAACCAUUUAUAUAUAUCACAUGGUCUGCUUCAUCUGCAAAUUAAUAGCUGAUAAUCAAACUGUCUUUAUUUUGACUAAUAUAUAUUUAGACCUUUCAAUACAUUUCAAUUUGGUAAGGGGUACUGAAUAAAUUUCUUAUAAAUAAUCCAGUCGGUGGCAGAACACUUAUUAAAUAUUGGUUGCUCUUUCAUUAAAUUUGCUUAUAUAUCAUUGAAAAUCAUCUACUCAUAUGCUAGUAGAAUAUUCUAGUGCAUAAAAUAGUUUGGAAUUAUGUGCUUCCAUUCCUGAGAAACAAGGAAGAUACUUGGAAUUAAGAGUGUAAGAGGCACGGGCACUUGGUGGUAUCAGAUGCUGGUGCCUCUAGGAGCCUGGGUGGAGAGGCUGCUGCUGCUGCUGCUGCUGCUGCUGCUGCUGCUGGGCCUCUCUUGAGAGCACUGUGUAGCAUUUAGCAUGUAGAAUGUACCAAAUACAUGGUAGUACAAUUCAAAAUAUUCUAAGUAUGGAUGAUUUCUGACUUAGAGGAAUUUGAGUUUUUACAGUUAAGUAAAUGAAAAGAAUAUUCAGUAAGUAUUUCCCCAUCCCUCAAUUAUUUAAUUAAUUGAACGUUUUAUUUGAGUACUUACUAAAAAGCACCUGAUUUGUAGUAUUUAAAAGAAAGCCCCCAGAUUAAAGAAUGAGUGUAAAUGUCUUAUUUUCCUAUUGUUUGUUUAGUAUUAUAUACAUGUAUGUUCUAGGCAAUUACAUUACAUUUUCAUUACAAAAAAGCUGAUCCAAUUUUUCUUAUCUUUGGUCAGUUUGAAACUUAAAAAAAAGCUACAUAUUUUGUAAAGGGCUAAAAGUAUCAUUUAAAUAUAGACUGAUAAAUUAUUUUAAUUCCAAAUGAAAGGUAAUGUAAGUAAGCACGAAUCUGAUUUAAAUAAAGAUUUGAAAGUCUGCUAAUGUAUUUCAUUUUCAUAUAA